AUGUUGUUCUCUCAUGCAGGUUGUGUGCUUGCCCUAACCACGACGGCUGUUGCGGUACCUUUUGGCGGAAGCAACCAAGCUGGAAGCAAUGAUCACCCAUGGUGGACGCCAUCGAAAGCUUCCGACAAGAGCUACUCGCGGGUUCGAACCAACGCAGCAGUCUGCAACAUGUCGCAUGCAGUGAUGCCGACAGCACCUACACCACUACCAGCACCGGCGUCUGGACUCGUGCUCUCACACGUCGCCAUCGGCCGAGGCACGCAGAACUAUACCUGCGAAACUACCAACUCCACUGCCGCACCUGUGGCGGUUGGGGCAAUCGCAAGCCUUUUCAACGUCAGCUGCCUUGCCGCUCAGAGUCCCGAAUUACUGUCCAAGCUUCCCGGCAUCGCUCUCGAUCUGCCAAGUCCUUCGACUACCGAUGAAAGCAGUCCUGCUUACCAGAUGAUGUCCGGUCAUCAUUUUUUCGUGGAUUUGACCACGCCAUUCUUCAAUUUGGACACGCAGCUGCAUCAAUACGGCACUGGCGCGUUCAAGAAAGCCAACAGCUCAAACCCACCUACCAACGCCGUCCUUGGUCAGAACGGCCAAGGCAAUGGAUCUGUAGCUUGGCUGAAGCUUGACGCGAAAACUGCCGAUGGCCAGGUCUUCCAGAACGUUUACCGGCUCAAUACAGCAGGUGGGAAUCCGCCUAAGACGUGUGCAGGGAUGCCUGCGGCCUUCGAGGUUGAGUACAGCGCGGAAUAUUGGUUGUACGCUUUGCCAGAUACUUCGUGA